AUGACCACCUUCAGUCCUCUCCCGGCCUACAUCCUGGGUAGCCUGACUCUCGCCCUGGGCUGCCAUGCGCUGGCUCGCCCUGGCCCCGAGUAUCCGCGUUUCGGCUUGCCCUUCGAACCCGCCGCUUCUUCCGCUUCGACCCAUGGCAACAAACGCACCCCUCCACCCGGCGCAGUUUCUCCCCUCAUGUACAUCAAGGGCAUUCGCGAGACGAGCUACGGUCUGACACUGCUUGCUUUGCAGUACUACGGUCAGGAAACUGCCGUUACCAUCUUCGCCGGCGUUUGCGCGCUGGUUGGACUUGCCGAUGGAUUCGUUGUCUGGGCGAAUGGGGGCGAGGCGCUCAAGACCAAGGCCUUUGGACACUGGAUUACAUGUGUGGGAUUUGGGGCGUGGGCCUGGUGGAGGGCUUGUGCGUAG